AUGGAUUCCGACGAGAUUGUAGAGCCUCUUCAAGAGGAGGACCUUGACGCAGAAUACCCCAACCGACCUCAUAAUCGAGGUCCAACUUUCGCAUUCCACGAUCUAUACCUCAACCUGUUCAAUCCUCUGAAUGAACUCAAGAAAAAGCCAGGAGGCCCAGGCCCAGCUCGCCGAAAGCUCGGCCCACAUGGAAAGAGUGCUUCAACUCUGAACCCGUUAGAGUUGCGCCGCGACGUGAUCGAGCGUUUCAUAUCCCGAUGGCGCAAUGAAGUCGGCGAUGACAUCUAUCCGGCCCUUCGAUUGAUUCUCCCCGACAAAGACCGUGAUAGGCCUAUGUAUGGAGUUAAGGAGAAGGGCAUCGGCAAGAUGCUCGUCAAAAUCAUGAAGAUCGACAAGGUCGCCGAUGAUGCCCGCAACCUCUUGAACUGGAAACUUCCUGGCCAAGGCGCCACGAUGCGAAUGGCCGGUGACUUUGCCGGGCGAUGCUUUGACGUCCUAUCUAAGCGACCUUUGCGGAGUGAACCAGGAGACAUGACGAUCGACGAAGUAAACGACAGACUGGACAAAUUGUCCGCCGCAUCCAAAGAAGACGACCAGAUUCCGAUUAUGGCGGAAUUCUACCGACGCAUGAACCCAGAGGAGCUGCUCUGGCUCAUACGUAUCAUUCUUCGACAGAUGAGGAUCGGCGCGACGGAGCGCACACUCUUCGAUGUCUGGCAUCCCGAUGCUGAGAACUUGUACAGCAUAUCUAGCAGUCUGCGCCGUGUGUGUUGGGAGCUACAUGAUCCAAACAUUCGACUCGAGGGGGAAGACCGUGGUGUCGGGCUGAUGCAAUGCUUCCAGCCUCAACUGGCUCAGUUCCAAAUGCAUUCAUUCGAGAAGAUCAUUGCCCGCAUGAAACCGACUGAAGAGGACGAUGUUUUCUGGAUUGAAGAAAAGCUCGAUGGUGAACGUAUGCAGAUGCACAUGGUACCUGAUGAGUCAAUGAACGGGGGUCGAAGAUUUGGCUUUUGGUCGCGCAAAGCUAAAGACUAUGCCUACCUAUAUGGGAAUGGGAUCUACGACGAGAACGGCGCAAUGACACGGCAUUUGAAAGAUGCCUUCGUGGAUGGGGUGCAGAGCAUCAUCCUCGAUGGCGAGAUGAUUACUUGGGACCCAGAGCAGGACGCCAUCGUCCCCUUCGGCACCCUUAAGACUGCGGCUUUGGCUGAGCAGCGGAACCCGUUCUCAACAGGCCAUAGGCCUUUGUUCCGUGUUUUUGAUAUUCUGCACCUCAACGGACGUGAUCUGACAAAGUAUACGCUACGUGAUCGACGCAAUGCCAUGGCCAAGACUAUCAAACCUGUCCAUCGUCGGUUCGAGAUCCACCCUUAUGAGGAGGCCACCAAUUCAGCGGAAGUUGAAAAUGCACUGCGAAAGGUCGUUGCGGAGGCAUCAGAAGGGUUGGUGCUCAAGAACCCACGGUCUCCAUAUCGGCUGAAUGAGCGCCAUGACGAUUGGAUGAAAGUCAAACCGGACUACAUGACCGAGUUUGGAGAGUCUCUUGAUGUUAUUGUAAUCGGCGGAUACUACGGCUCUGGUCAUCGAGGAGGCGCCCUGGCCAGUUUCUUGUGCGGGCUCCGAGUCGACGACAAUGCCAGCACUGGUGAAGAAUCUAUGAAAUGCUGGUCUUUUUGCAAGGUUGGUGGCGGGUUCACUGCGGCUGAUUAUCAAGAAGUCCGCCAUCAUACUGAUGGAAAGUGGAAGGAGUGGGAUGUGAAGAACCCUCCGACCAGUUACAUCGAACUGGCUGGAGGAGAUGCACAGAUUGAACGACCGGAUAUGUGGAUCAAACCAUCCGAGUCAAUCGUUUUGUGUGUGAAGGCUGCUUCUACAGCAGUGAGUGAAACAUUCCGCAUGGGGCUGACACUGCGUUUCCCUCGCUUCAAGAGGUUGCGCAAGGACAAGGAUUGGAAAAGUGCUCUGUCUGUUCAGGGAUUCCUGGAUCUCAAAUCAAAUGCCGAACAAGAGCACCGCGAGAAGAAAUUCUCAGUUGACAACUCUCGGAAGAAGCGAGUCAAAAGGACUACCAAGAAGCCACUGACCGUUUCUGGGUAUGACGAGAAUAUUGGAAACCAGUAUAUGGGACCUUCUGGGAAUGUGUUCGACAAACUCAACUUCUUCAUUUUGACCGAGUCAAGUGUACCGGAAAAGAAGACAAAGGUCCAGUUGGAGCAGCUUGUUAAGGCUAAUGGAGGCAAGAUCUAUCAGACCAACACGGCUGCAGCAGAUACGAUCUGCAUUGCUGAGCGAAAGACUGUCAAGGUAGCCUCUCUCAUGAAUCAAGGUGGACAACACAUCAUCCGUCCAUCCUGGCUACUUGACUGCAUCAAACAAAAUGAAAGGGACGCCGGAAUGCCUGAUCUCCUUCUCCCAUUCGAGCCAAGACACAUAUUCUUCGGAAUGGAAGAUAGGGAAGAAGACUUCAUGGCCAAUGUCGACAAAUUCUCCGACAGCUACGCCCGCGAUACAACCGUAGAAGAACUCACCGAGAUCCUCAAACAGAUGAACAAUUCCACCGAGAGCUCCAACCAAAUCGACCCAGACACAGCCCACAGAAUAGAGACUCGUAUUCAGGAUCGAGUCAACGCAGGCUAUACGGCGCCCUGUGGCUGGCUCUUCCGCGACCUUACUCUGUUCUUCCAUUCGGAGCCUCGGUCAGAUAACCAGAACGACCACCGAAUGCGUCUUGCACAAAACACGGCCCGGUUUGCCAGUGCGGUCAUUGCUGAGUCCUUGGGUGAUUCGAGUAUUACGCAUGUGGUCAUUGACUCGGAUGCAUUGGGUUCAGAUGAGAUAUCUUCUCUUCGGAAGGUUCUUUCUGAUAGAUCGGGGUCUAAGAUGCCUCAUCUUGUUGCCGUGGAUUGGGUGGAGGACUGUUGGAAACACGGAACAUUACUGGACGAAGAGAGGUUUCAGAUUCGGCGGUGA